AUGACAGUGGUGCCCGCGGAGAACCUGGAUGAGACCGUGGCACUGGCUGCUCUGUCUGCGCAGGAUGUCUACGACCCGGAGCGCACGGAGAACCAGGAGUGCUGUGAGCGCGUGGUCAUCAACAUCUCCGGGCUGCGCUUCGAGACUCAGCUCAAGACUCUGUCCCAGUUCCCAUCCACACUACUGGGGGACCCGCGCAAAAGGAUGCGCUUUUUUGAUCCACUUAGGAACGAGUACUUUUUUGACAGGAACCGACCAAGCUUUGAUGCCAUUCUCUACUACUACCAGUCUGGAGGCAGGCUGCGCAGACCCGUUAAUGUGCCCGUGGAUAUAUUUAUGGAGGAAAUUAAAUUCUACGAGCUUGGAGAAGAUGUGAUUGAGAAUUUUAAGGAUGAUGAAGGGUUCAUUAAAGAGGAGGAGCGACCAUUGCCUGAGAAUGAAUUCCAGCGUCAAGUUUGGCUUCUGUUUGAGUACCCUGAGAGCUCUGGACCCGCGAGGGGGAUUGCCAUAGUCUCUGUACUGGUCAUUCUCAUCUCCAUCGUCAUAUUCUGCUUAGAGACAUUACCUGAGUUCAGGGAGGAGGCCAGAACGUUGGAGGAACAUCUUGUUGUCAAUGGGACCUCACGCGCAAAAAAGCCCAAUCCGUUCACAGACCCUUUCUUUAUUGUAGAGACGCUUUGCAUUAUCUGGUUCUCCUUUGAAUUACUCGUUCGUUUUCUGGCUUGUCCCAGUAAACCUGCGUUUUUCAAGAACAUCAUGAACACUAUAGACAUUGUGGCCAUCAUGCCAUACUUCAUCACCCUGGGACUCGAGCUCGCCGAGCACCAGGGCAAUGGGCAACAGGCCAUGUCCCUGGCCAUCCUCAGGGUCAUUCGUCUUGUGCGCGUCUUCCGCAUCUUCAAACUCUCGAGACACUCUAAGGGGCUUCAGAUUUUGGGAAAGACUUUGCAAGCCAGUAUGAGGGAGCUGGGACUUCUUAUAUUUUUUCUUUUCAUCGGAGUAAUUCUUUUCUCCAGUGCUGUGUACUUUGCAGAGACAGAUGACCCUGAAUCAGGAUUUUCAAGCAUCCCGGAUGCUUUCUGGUGGGCAGUGGUUUCCAUGACAACUGUUGGGUAUGGGGAUAUGUGUCCAGUGACCAUAGGGGGUAAAAUAGUGGGGUCAUUGUGCGCCAUCGCUGGUGUGCUCACUAUUGCCCUCCCGGUGCCCGUCAUCGUGUCCAACUUCAACUACUUUUACCACCGAGAGACCGAACACGAGGAGCAGUUCCAAUACACGCACGUCACGUGUGGACAACAACAGCCGCCGUUUUUGGAGAUCACAAACAGCGACAGUAAACCGUCUUUGACUAAAUCCGAGUUCCUGGACAGUGAGGAAGUGGACUCCAUCAAAUACACGAACUGCAGUCCACAUAAAACAUACAGCGGGAAACUCACAGACGUGUGA